AUGGAUUGCACUAUACAGUUUCAACAGGCACAAGAAGCCAUGGUAUUAAAAGACCCUCCAUCCUAUGCAAUGAAUUGGAACCCACCCACAACAGGCACAUUCAAGGUCAAUUUCAGUGGGUUUGCUCCGGAACUCGUCCAUUUCAUCGGCGUUGGAGUUGUUAUUAGAAACGAAAAUGUUGUAUUUAGGGAUGGUCUUCCAAAGAAG